AUGGGUUUAUGGUAUCCCAAGAGAGCAAAUUGCGACUUGGUUGGGUACUUCGACUCCAACUUUGUUGGGUUCAUAUUGGAUAGGAAAAGUACCAGCAGUACGUUUGGAUACUCGCUUGUCUCAUGGCAUAGCAAGAAACAAGCAAUUGUUGAACUAUUCAUAGUUGAGGAAGAAUACAUUACCGCGAGUAGUUGUUGUGCUCAAAUUGUUUGGAUUAAACAACAUCUCAGUGACUACGGUGUAAAUCUUGAAAUUGCAAAAGUUUUGAUUAAAGGUGAUGCUGUGAAACAAUACAACCUUUUGUGGAGAUAUUCUGCAGAGUUAAGGAAAGUCAAUUCUGGAUUCACAACAUCUUGCAGGUCAUUCGUUGGAGUUGAUGGAUGUCAUCUUAAGACUAAGUAUGGAGGGACUCUUCUUACUGUUGUUGGUAGAGAUCCAAAUGACCAAUACUAUCCAUUAGAUUUUGGUGUGUGUGAAACUGAGACAAAGGAGUCAUGGAGUUGGUUUCUUACCUUGCUUUUGGAGGACAUUGGUCAAGAAAAGAGAUGGGUUUUCAUUUAUGAUCAACAAAAGGUUUUCAAGUUUGGUGGAGGGACUCAGAUUAGAGACUUGAUGAUGGCAGCUCCAAAUGCCACAUAUAUCCAAGCAUGGAAUGUCAAGAUGAAACAAUUGAAGGAGAUUAAUGUGAAAGCUUUAGAGUGGCUGUCAAACAUACCUACCAAAGCAUGGUGUAAGCAUGCUUUUACUUUUUAUCCCAAAUGUGUUGUACUUAUGAAUAAUGUAUCUGAGGCAUUUAAUAGCACUAUAUUAGUUGCCGGAGAUAAACCAAUAUUAACUAUGUGUGAAUGGGUAAGAAUUUACCUCAUGAAUAAGAAUUCUAGCUUAAGGGAAAAGGUUGAUAGAUGGAAACAUAGGAUAAUGCCUAGACCUAGACUUAGAUCUGAAAAAUUUAUGGCAUCAUUUAGUUAUGAGAAUAGAAAGGGAAGUGGUAAGAAAUUAAAAGUGCAUUUUGAUCUUCCUGAGGAUGAAGAUUAUCCAAUUGAUCAUGUCAAAAUGAAGGAUUCAAGUUCUUCAAUUUCAUCACAAUCUUCACUAGAUUCAGAUGAUAGUGAUAAAGAUAGAGAAAAUCUUGAAGAAUCUAAUAAUGGUGGUUACGGUUCACCGGUUUGGAGUUUUCAAGGUGGAUCAGUGACACAUUCUCCUCCAAUUCAGUUGAUGAGUUCUAACCAUAAUUCUGGAUAUGAUCCAAAUAGAAUACCUUCUUCUGCUUUUGGCCCUAAACCUGCCAGUCCUAUGGAAUGGAGUGUUGCAUCAAAUGAAUCAUUGUUUAGUUUACAUUUUGGAAACAAUAGUUUCUCAAGGGAACAAUUUUUAGCAUUCCGUAAAUCUGGUGAACUCUCAAGGAAUAGUGAUUUAAACGGAACUUCGCCGACAUUGGCAACAGUUCAAGUUCAAGAGGUAAAUCAUAGUAAUGAUAACAAUGAAGUAGAUAAUGAGAGAACAUCUUUAUCGUCAGAUUGUUCUCAUGAUUCAACAGAUACAUCAGAUAAAGUAACAAAUAUAACUUCGAAGAUAGACGAUACAAGAACAUCAAACGUUGAGGAAAUUACGUUGGAUAAAACUCAUGACAAUCAUAGUAAAGAUGCCGAAGUUCCUAAUGAAGAACCUAAAAAUUAUGCAAACAAUGUCUCGUAUCGUUCGGUCGAAAGCGAUAUAAGCAACCGUUCAUUUCAAUUUCCUAUAUUGACAGCUGAAGGAGUAAGAACUAGUUCAGAAACUGUAGAAUCGGAAAAGAAAGAGAAAAAUGAAAAACAACAACAAGAUCCGAUAGAAAAUCCCCAUAGUCCUAAAUCUGAAACAAAACCAAAGCCAAGGGUUAGAGGUUGGCGUUGUUGUUCGUGCUUCUCUUGUUCACCUUGUUACUAAUAAAAUGUCUUGAUAUGGUGUUGUUGAAAAGAUAAUUAUUCUCAGUUAGAAUGUCAAUAUAAUCAAAUGUUUGGAUAUGGCUCCUCGUCAACCAUGGAUUCUCGAUAUUCACAUAGUUAAAAUAUUGAUUGUCGUUUAGUCAAGGUUGAUCCAAAUUUGAGCAUGGUAUUUUCAGUUCUCAAAAUGUGAUACUUAAAUUUGGAAUCCUUUGACUACAAAGAAUAUGAAUUACACAUAUUUAGAUCUACAUCUUCUCCCUUAUUUAAGGAUUUUUCUCAUUGCCCCCAUGUCACAAUAGUGCGCAUUUCCAACAAGCCGACUAUUGAAAUCAAAGAGUUCAUAUUUUGUCCGACGACUCUGAAUGAUUCACUUUAGUGGAUG